AUGAUGGACACACUGGAUACUAGGGGCCUCUCCAUGAUAGGGGACGGAUCUGUGAUCCUGGAAGUGGCGGGAGAGCUCACUGUGCCUAACAUGAGCUCAGAGAAGGAAUUGCAGGAGGUGCUGUUGACGAAGAAGUACGUUUUGGAUCUGAGACGAACUGAGAUCCGAAUGAGCGAUUCCGUGAGAAGAGAGGUGUAUGAGGCUCUCGGAGUCGAGGAGGAAGAAGCGGUUGAUUUAGUGAAGAAAUCCGUGUUUCUGAACGGAUCCAUCACCAACGCGCCGCCGGGAACCAACGAACUUGUGCGGAGCUUUCUUCCCAAAGGCACAAGGGAGCAGCACUUCCGCCGGCUUAUGGAGCUAGCGCAAAGACGUAGAGCCGAUCUGGAGAGGGAUUUUAUAAAGAAAGGUGCUUCUCGUCAACCUCAACUAGCGGGCGGCGAGACUGCUGCCAGGCAGGUUGACCGUCGCCCGCAAAGAGUCACAACUGUUCCUUCCUCAGAUCGUAAUCGUGGCCAGAAGAGACGAGAUUUGAACGCAGCAGCAACAGCAGGUGCUGUUGGGGAAGAGAGGGGCGCGGAGGGACUGAAGAUGAGUGGCCCGACGAAAGGCGCAGCUGCAGAUGCUACUAGUGGAGGAACUGGAAGUAAUCAUUUCAACCACCCUUACGACGAUCUAACCACCUUCCGAUCAGCAACGACGGCUUCUGAAUUGGGUACCUUUAGGUCAAAAUCAGGAGGAACGAGUUUGGAGUAG